UUGAAUCCUAGUAUGCUUAUAUCGUAACUUGGACCCAACCAACCACAAGUUGCCAGACCGAAAACCCCGCGACCAGUCUGUCUUUGCCUUGAGCAAUAACAGUUGCGCGUUACUUAUUCGACGAUAUACCGCAAUGAAACCAAACAAAAUCGCUUCAACCAGAGCUAGAGAUUGAAGGAAACAAAGAGACAUGUGGCGGCGCGUGACUUCACUUUCUCCAGUGAUGUCCACCUCAAAACCAACCUCGCUUGAUCAGGCAGCUUCUGGCUUCAAGAUAUGGAGAUCGUCAUUUAGUACAGAGACACCCACUUUGGUAAAAGAUGGAACUACUUCGUUCAAAGAGAGAAACCCAUUUAUUACUUUUGUCCUAGGUGGUCCUGGUAGUGGAAAAGGCACACAAUGCCAAAAGAUUGUUGAAACAUUUGGAUUCAAACAUCUGAGUGCAGGAGAGUUGUUAAGGAGAGAAAUAGAGUCUAACAGUGAACAUUGGUCCCAGAUGCUUAACACAAUUAAAGAAGGCAGGAUUGUUCCUUCAGAAGUGACUGUCAGACUGAUCCAGCAAGAGAUGGAAUCAAGUGACAGCAAUAAAUUUCUCAUUGAUGGUUUCCCACGAACUGAGGAGAAUCGAAUAGCAUUUGAACAAUUAAUUGGGCUUGAACCGAAUGUUGUGCUUUUCUUUGACUGUCCUGAAGAAGAGAUGGUAAAACGAGUGCUAAACCGCAAUCAGGGCCGAGUUGAUGACAACAUAGAUACAGUCAAGAAACGUCUUAAAGUGUUUGAAAUCCUAAAUCUUCCUGUUAUUGACUACUAUUCCAAGAGAGGGAAACUUUGUAAGAUCAAUGCAGUGGGAACAGAAGAUGAGAUUUUUGAAAAAGUCCGCCCUAUUUUUUCUGCUUGUGGUAUGAUGUCUCAUUAUUUCGCAUUUUAACAUGCCUUGCCAUUCCUUGAUCACUUUCAAAUCCUAUCUGCUCUAUAUUAAUGGCCACAUUUAUAUUAGCUUUCUCAAUGUUGACUGGAAUAUAGGAUUACUUUGAAUCUGAAUUUUACUGGAGGAAACACUGCAAGUCUUUUGCUCCACACUUUUAAACACUAAUAUGAGAUAUUAGGUUAUCAAUUCCUCUAUGCUUUUGAUUCUAACACAGAUUCUGUGAAGCUGAAAAGGUAUGUAAAAACCUCAAGGCAUUUACAUCCAUGGAAAAUUCUGCCUAUCCUGUAUGUUAGUCAAAGCAUUAGUGUAUGUCAAUGAUGGAGUUAAUCUUUCUGCAGCUGGAAAAUGAACUGAAAAUUGUCAGUCAAGGCUGAGCAUCAAAAGGUUCCAGUAUUUAGUUGGACUUGCAACCUUUUGGACUGCAAUGACUCUUAAGUAAGUUGGCAAACCUCAGUUUUCUCAAAGGAGUGAAAUUAUCAGCCAAAGGAUUAUUUGAACUCCACAGUGACAAACAUUUCUCAGCCUCGAGGAUUAAGCUUCUUUUCAGUGUCUAGUGGUUUUAUGGGUGCGUGUACAUUGUUCAAGGUGCAAGAAACCCUUGAAGCCAACCUGUUUCAAUAAGCGGAAUAAAGAGGGUGCAGGUAAACUCCAAUAUUUGAAUGAUCAACAGAAAACAAAAUCAGCUUUAUACAAAGUUGUAUGCUUCUAGAUGCUCUCUUUUCUUAUUAUAAAGUUUCUGAAUGGAAUGUUCCAAAUUAUAUGAUCUUAUUUUUCACAGCUAAUGAGUAGAAAGGCAUCUAGUAUUUACUUCA